AUGAGCUCUCGGCCCCGCAGUCAUCUUGACUUCCAUGUGGCGCUGAUAUGUGCGCUGCCUCUUGAACUGGACGCCGCGGUGUUAGCCCUCGACGAGAUAUGGGAUGAACGGGAGGUUGACUUUAGAAGUGCCUCCGGUGACUACAACUCGUAUACGUUAGGUCGGAUGGGUCAUCACAAUGUCGUGCUCGUCCUACUCCCUAAUAAGGGAAAGGCGAGUGCAGCAAGCGCAGCAAACAGUCUAGGGCUCAAUUUUGGUGCUUUAAAGUUAGCCUUACUGUGUGGCGUUUGCGGCGGGGUGCCCAGGCCUACUUCCGAUGCUGAAAUUGUGCUUGGCGAUAUUAUUAUCAGUGAGAGCAUCGUCCAAUACGAUUUUGGCCGUCAAUAUUCCAGCCAGUUUGUUCAGAAGAACAAGAUCAACGAUGUUUUCGGUAGACCCAAGAAGGAAAUCCGCUCACUUCUCAGUUACCUUAAGACGGAUCAUGCACGCAACGACUUACACCAAGAAAUUUUCACAACGAUGUCACUAUUUCAGCAGAAAGCUAUUGAUAACGGAAGGUUAUCCAAAUACGCAUACCCCGGUGACGAAGAAGAUAUUCUCUUUCCAGCGAACUAUCUCCACAAACAUCGUCACCUGUCAGGGUGCAGCUGUAGUUUAGAGAAGGUGUGUGAUGUUGCAACGAAUGCAUCCUGCGCUGAGUUAAAUUGUGAUUCGAGCGCACAUAAAUCACAGAGACGUGUUACUAUUCAACAACAACGGAACUUGGGCAGCCGAGAAACUACACCCAAUGCGGCCCUGCCACAGCCUCGUGUGUUUGUCGGCCAAGUGGGCUCGGGAGACACUGUGAUGAAGUCAGGGGAACAUCGCGACAGGAUGGCUCAAGAACAUGGAAUCAUUGCUUUUGAGAUGGAAGGUGCAGGUGUGUGGGACGAAAUUCCUUCCAUCAUUGUUAAGGGAGUUUGUGACUAUGCCGACAGUCACAAAAACAAGAAGUGGCAGGGUUUUGCAGCCGCAGCGGCUGCAUCUGCAGCGAAGGCGCUUCUUAGGCAUUUCCCAUCGACACCACCGACGGAACAAGCUGAUAGCCAAAGGAUGCCAAAUUCUAGAACGACAAAUGUGUCUCAUCCUAUGUUUCUUGUCCCUUACACUCGGAAUUCGAAUUUUAUUGACCGCUCCCACAUUCUCGAAGAGAUGAAGAAACUUUUCGGCCACGCAGAAGGCUACUGUCAGAGUAGUCGUACUUUAUGCUCCCGAGUAGCACUGCAUGGCCUGGGUGGAGCUGGGAAAACACAAAUAGCUUUAGAUUACUGUUAUCGGUUCCAGAAGACAUUUGCGGACGCUUCUGUAUUCUGGGUCCACGCGAGUAGCGUUGAACGCUUUCGUGACGCUUUCAGAGACAUCGCCCAAAAAUGCAAAAUACCUAACAAAGACAGCGGCACAUCCGAUAUUCUUCUGCUUGUAAAGAAAUGGUUGGAAGACAAGCAACGAAAUCGGUGGCUUCUUGUAAUUGACAACGCAGAUGAUACACAAGUCUUCUUCCCAACAAAUAGCGUGCACAUAACAAACACAACAGACUCCGGAGUAGGACGCUUCAUACCCGAUUGUGCGCAUGGUUCCAUUCUUAUUACAACCAGAAACAAGCAGGCGGCUGUAGACCUUGCCUCUACAUCCCUCGUUGAAGUCGGCAACAUGACUGAGAGGGAGACUGACUCACUACUACACUCCCUACUUAAGGAUGUUAAGGGAUCAGCUGAAGAAUUAUCACAACUUUCUUCUCAACUGGAGUACUUACCCUUGGCGCUUGCUCAAGCAGCCUCUUUCAUUCUCAAGAACUCUAUAUCCGUUGGCGACUACCUCAAUUUGCUUGGAAGUAGUAACUCUAGCCUGAUAUAUCGCCUUAGCGAGCCAUUUCAGGCUUUUGGACGAGAUUCAGAAUCGCCGCACGCACUAACAGCCACUUGGAUUGUUUCCUUUGAACAAAUUAGAAAACAAUGCCUUUUGGCAAGUGAUCUCCUGUCUGUUAUGAGCUUGUUUGAUUUUCAGGGUAUCCCUGAAGAUUUUGUUCGGGGCUACUGUCGCGAAAUGCUGAGAAGCUCUUGUGGCAGCUGUAACGGCCCUGAUGGUCAUAACGGCAUUGAAUCUGUCGCAGACACUGAUUUUGAGGGGGGGGUUACCAAAGCUCUUGGGGUUCUUCAAGCCUUUUCAUUUAUUUCCAAAACUGACGAAGGCUCAUACAACAUGCACAGGCUAGUGCAACUAACUACUCGCAAAUGGCUAAUAGACGAUGAAAGCCUACCAACAUUCUCCAAAACUGCCCUCAAAAUUGUAUCCUCAUUUUUUCCUGAGGGAGAUCAUCAGAACCGAGAGUUAUGCCGUGAAUACUUACCCCAUGCCCGCGCCGUUUUGGAACACCCAGGGGCCAAACAAAAGGGGGUCCGGGCUAAAUGGGCAUACCUCUCGCAACAGGUUGCUCGCUUUCUUCGGUAUGAAGGGCAGCUUCAGGACGCAGAGUUUUACCAAAAACGAGCAGUAACGCUCAUGAUAGAAAUAUUUGGAGACGAUAAUCCUUACACCUUGUCAAGUAAGUCGGAUCUAUCGCACAUAUACCGGAGGCAAGGUCGACUAGAUGAAGCAGUAGAGAUGAUUUCAGAGGUGCUGAAGGCCAAUGAAAGACGGAGAGGGCCAGACCACCGGAGCUCGCUGAGCAACAAGCAUAGUCUUGCGAGAUUGUUUAAACAUCAAGGCCGUUUUGAAGAAGCGGAAAAGUUACAUUUACAAACGCUAGAGAGGAGAAGGAAAACAUUAGGGGCAGAGCACGCAGACACUUUAAGCAGUUUACACGAGCUUGCUACUGUCUAUAAGUGGACAGAUAGACCAAAGACAUCCGAAUUGCUGAAUAAACAAGUGUUGGAAGUACGAAAGCGGGUACUAGGAGAGGAGAAUAUAUGUACAUUGGUCACUAUGAGCAAUUUGGCUAUCGAUUGUAUGGAUCAAGGUCGGUUGGACGAGGCUGAGCAGUUGGCGGAACGGGUUUUGGAUAUAAAAGCGAGAGUGUUUGGAGAGAAGCAUCCCCGAACGAUUAGUGCUUCUCAUUUGCUUCACGAAACGCAAGGUCGUCAUGAGGAGAGUACCGGACUGCCCUCGCAUGGCCUCGAGACAGAGAGAGAAAUGCUCGGCGAUAGCAACCAACAAGGCUUGGAGAUGAUGGAUAACUUCGUAUUCACCUUGGAGACGAGGGGUCAGCUGGAGGACGCGGUCAGGCUUGUGCAAGAAUCCGUUGAUAAUAGUCUGCAGACGCCUGACCGUCAGGAUGAGCGGCUCUAA